CCCGCCGUCCCCCAUCCCAUCCCACCAGGUGCUGUCCCGUGCGGUCCAGAGCCCCGGCGGCCCAGGUUGGGCAGGUGAACCCCACUAAUCCCUGGAUCCUCCACGUCCCAGCCAAGAUGCCAACGAGACGCUGGACACCGGGUACUCAGUGCAUCACCAAGUGUGAACACAUGAAGCCCAAGCCAGGCGAGCUGGCCUUCCGAAAAGGCGAAGUUGUCACUAUCCUGGAGGCCUGUGAGAGCAAGAGCUGGUACCGGGCUAAACACCAUGAGAGUGGUCAAGAGGGGCUGUUGGCAGCUGGAGCUGUUCGCGAGCGAGAGGCUAUCCCCACUGACCCCAAGCUCAGCCUCAUGCCGUGGUUCCAUGGCAAGAUCUCGGGACAAGAGGCAGUAGCACUGCUACAGCCAGCAGAGGAUGGGCUCUUCUUGGUGCGGGAGUCCGUGCGGCACCCAGGUGACUAUGUGCUGUGUGUCAGCCAUGGCCAGGAGGUGGUCCACUACCGAGUGCUGCACCAUGGUGGACGGCUGACUAUUGAUGAGAAUGUCUCCUUCUACAACCUUAUUGACAUGAUUGAGCAUUACAUGAAGGACAAGGGGGCCAUCUGUACAAAGCUAGUGAAACCCAAGAGGAAACAUGGAACCAAGUCAGCUGAGGAGGAGCUGGCCAAAGCCGGCUGGUUACUGAACCUGCAGCAGCUGACUCUCGGCUGCCAGAUUGGGGAGGGGGAGUUUGGAGCCGUGUUGCAGGGGGAGUACCUGGGCCAGAAGGUGGCAGUGAAGAACAUCAAAUGUGACGUCACCGCCCAGGCCUUCCUGGAUGAGACUGCUGUAAUGACGAAGAUACAGCAUAAGAACCUGGUGCGGCUGCUGGGGGUCAUUCUUCACCAAGGGCUCUACAUUGUCAUGGAGUACAUGAGCAAGGGGAACCUGGUGAAUUUUCUUCGGACCCGGGGCCGUGCCCUGGUACACAAGGCUCAGUUGCUGCAGUUCUCCUUGCAUGUGGCUGAAGGCAUGGACUACCUGGAGGGUAAGAAACUUGUACACCGAGAUCUGGCUGCCCGAAACAUCCUCAUCUCCGAGGAUCACGUGGCCAAGGUCAGCGACUUUGGUCUGGCCAAGGCUGAGCGAAGGGGCCUGGAUACCAGCCGACUCCCUGUCAAGUGGACUGCACCGGAGGCCUUGAGACAUGGGAAAUUCUCCAGUAAGUCAGAUGUCUGGAGUUUUGGGAUCCUUCUGUGGGAAGUGUUCUCCUAUGGCCGGGCUCCGUACCCCAAAAUGUCUCUGAAGGAGGUGUCUGAAGCUGUGGAGCAGGGUUACCGAAUGCAGCCACCGGAAGGCUGUCCUGCCAGUGUCUAUGCCCUCAUGGGCAGCUGCUGGGAGGCAGAGCCCACUCGCCGUCCGGCCUUCAGGAAACUCUUGGAGAAGCUGGCCAAGGAGCUGAGGAAUGCAGCGACAGAGCCUGUCCCCGAGGGAAGCUCAGCUGGACCCCAGAGCCUCCAAGAACCUUGAGCCUCUGGCCCUUGUGCCCCCAAGGCUGCAAACCAGACUCUAGAGGCUAAAGUGGAGGGCUCCCAGAGCUCACCCCACUGGGGACUGGAGGGAGAUUGGAGAAUGUCAAAAUGCCUCCUCCUACCUCCUGUCCUCCCUGGACAAUUCCUGGGCUGAG